AUGGCCUCCGCACAGUCAGCCGCAAAGAAGGACGAGAAGCCCGCCUCGAACGAGCCCAAGCCCGAGCAGACACAGCAGAAGUCCGCUGCUGCGCUAGAAGAGGACGACGAGUUUGAGGAUUUCCCUGUUGAUGACUGGAACUCCGAAGAGACCGAGGCAGCUGGCGGCAGCGAGGCGACAAAGCACCUGUGGGAGGAGUCUUGGGACGACGAUGACACAAGCGACGAUUUCUCAACGCAGCUGAAGGAGGAGCUGAAGAAGGUCGAAGAGUCCAAGAGACGGCGAUGA